GGCCGGGCUGGGGUGGCGUCCCUAUGGCGGGGACAGUGACUUUGUGUCCCUGUGGUCACAGAGGGUUUGGGCAGCCGCCGAGCUCCCCGCAGGUUUGCAGUGUGGGACGCUACAAGGUUUUAGGGCACCCCGCUGCCACCAGCGCGGCUUUUGGGGCGGGAGCCGGACCCCCGGAGCGGGUUGGCCCGUUCCCGGGGAGGGGAUGCCCAGAAUAGCUCCGCUAUCUGAUUCCGAGGGGCCACGGCCAUCUGCACCGCCGGCUCCCGGGGGCUGACAUUUGAGCCCAGCCGCGGGACGGGGCGGGCGCCGGGACUGCCCGGAGUCUCCGGGCACUGCCGGGAUAGGAGCGGGAUGGCGGGCGGGAAGCGCCGUGGGGGUGGCGGGCGGCGCGGGGGACCCCGGCAGCACCCGGGGACCCCCGGACCGGCCUCCUCGCCCGCACCUCUCUCUCCUGCAGCCACCACGGCCCAGCCAAACGCAGGCGCUGCCCCCAAAACCGGCCGCUCCAAGAAGGCCCCGGAGGAGCCAGCAGCGAGGGCUCCAGACGUGGACUCGCUGGGCUUUCAGGCCAUGGACCGCAACGUGCCGGGGCUGUCCCACGUCAUCCUGCAGAAGCUCAACAUGAAGAGCUAUGAGGACUACAAGUCUGCCAUGGAUGGGAGAAAGAGCGGCAGCGAUUUUGGCAUCCGGACGUAUUUUGACAUGUUCCAGAAGAUGGAGGACACCUUCAAGUUUUGCGUUGAGUGCAAGAAGCUCCCCGAUGCCCUCCCAGACCCCAAAAGCCUCCGGCGUUGCAAGAGGUGCCAAAAUGUGUACUACUGUGGUGUGGCGUGCCAGCGUGCCAACUGGCCGCUGCACAAGAAGUUCUGCAAGAAGCUGAAGCUGGUGGCCCUGGACCGGCUGGUGGAGUGGCUUGUCUUCACAGGAGACAUCCCAUUUCCCACGGACACCUGGACAAAACCCGCCCGGGACGUGAAGGGCUGGGAGGACUGGUUCUCCAUGCAGGAGCAGCUGGAGGAGAAGCUGGGUGUCAUCGUGGCCGGGCGGUACAUGACCCUGCUGUGGGCCAACGCCGGGAAGCCGCGGCCGGAGGACACGGAGCUGCGGGAAUCCAUCCGGCGCCUGGUCACCGACUUCCACUCGCGGCCGCUCACCAUCGGCCUGGGACUGCGGCUUUUUGGCAUCGACCCCCUCACCAGGCCCCUCACCGUGCACGUGGUGGGGGCUUCCCAUGUGGAGACCCUCAACACGCGGCUGACAGACUACGACGAGCUGACACGGAUGUUCCCGGGGCACCAGGGCGUGGAGAUGGUGAUGGUGGGGGUGGACGUGGUGGACGGACCCAUCAUGAGGCCACCCCUGACCACGCUGGCGCCCCGGGGAAAAGUCUAUCUCAGCAGCUACAAGGGGCUCUACCACGAUUUCUGGGAAAGCCGUGUGGAGACCAAGCUGGCCGCCCCUCCUGACCUGGUGGUGGGCUUUCACCCGGGUUUCCAUGCCUGCCCAGACCUGCUGGCGGGCUGGCUGCCCACCCUGCUGCUGCUGCGGGACUAUCGCCUGCCCGUGCUCUUCACUGUGUACAGCGAGCAGGAGCUGAAGGCCUCCCUGCAGAUCCUUGUGGAGCUCGAGAUGCACAUUGUGGGUUAUGCCAGCAACCCCUUUGCCUCACUGCGGCCUGAGCAGGUCUACUCGAGCCCCAACAAGCCGCCUGUCUACUGCAGCUCCCACUACAUCGCUCUGCUGGGAGCAGAGGCUGUGCCGGGGGCUGAGGAGCUGGAGGAUGAUGAUGGCUGGCAGGGAGGAGAGCCCAGUGCUGCUGCUGUGGCUGGGAGCGUUGCCCCAGGGCUGGGCUGAUUCCUGCCUGCCCUGACCACCUGACCCCCAGAGCCUCGCUGCCCAUCCAAGAUCUCAUCUCCGCAUCCUGGGAUCAGCGAUCCAAUGCCUCACUGCACACAUGGAGGCCUGGGGGAUGCAGCACCCUAGCACAGGCAUGGCACCCUUCCACAGCACCAAAUAAAUCACUA